UCAACAAGUACCACUGAAACCACUGAACCCACCUCAACAAGUAUCACCGAAACCACUGAACCCACCUCAACAAGCACCACCAAAGCCAGUGAACCCACUUCAACAAGUACCACAGAAACCAGUGCAACCACCUCAACAUCCACCACAGAAACCAGUGAACCCAAUUCCACAAUUACCACAGAAACCAGUGCAACCACCUCAACAAAUACCACAAAAACCAGUGAAACCACCUCAACAAGUACCACUGAAACCACUGAACCCACCUCAGCAAUUAUCACCGAAACCACUGAACCCACCUCAACAAGCACCACAAAAACCAGUGAACCCACUUCAACAUGUACCACAGAAACCAGUGGAAGUACCUCAACAAGCACCACCAAAACCAGUGAACCCACUUCAACAAGUACCACAGUAACCAGUGAAACCACCUCAACAUCCACCACAAAAACCAGUGAAACCACUUCAAUAAGCACCAAAGAAACCAGUGCAACCACCACAACAAGUACCACAGAAACCAGUGGAAGUACCACAACAAGCACCAUAGAAACCAGUGAAGCCACCUCAACAGGUACAACAGAAACCAGUGUACCCACCUCAACAAGCAUAAAAACCAGUGAACCCACUUCAACAAGUACCACAGAAACCAGUGCAACCACCUCAACAACUACCACAAAAACCAGUGAAACCACCUCAACAAGUACUACUGAAACCACUGAACCCACCUCAACAAGUAUCACCGAAACCACUGAACCCACCUCAACAAGCACCACAAAAACCAGUGAACCCACUUCAACAAGUACUACAGAAACCAGUGGAAGUACCUCAACAAGCACCACCAAAACCAGUGAACCCACUUCAACAAGUACCACAGAAACCAGUGCAACCACCUCAACAUCCAUCACAGAAACCAGUGAACCCAAUUCAACAAUUACCACAGAAACCAGUGCAACCACCUCAACAAGUACCACAAAAACCAGUGAAACCACCUCAACAAGUACCACUGAAACCACUGAACCCACCUCAACAAGUCCCACAAAAACCAGUGAAACCACCUCAACAAGCACCACAAAAACCAAUGAACCCACUUCAACAAGUACCACAGAAACCAGUGGAAAUACCUCAACAAGCGUACCACAGAAAGCACUGAGACCACCUCAACAAACACCACAAGAAACACAGAUCCCACUUCAACAAGUACCACAGAAACCGGUGGAAGCACCACAACAAGCACCACAGAAACCAGUGAAACCAUCUGAACAGGUACCACAGAACCAGUGUACACACCUCAACAAGCACAAAAACCAGUGA